AUGUAUAAAAGACAACCAUCGAUACCAUUGAAAGCAAGUUGUUCUGCUUUAUGCAAUAAUUUAGAUGUUUCCGAUGCAAAUUCAUCGCAAAGUGGCGGCAGUUUAACCUUUGCUGUGGUUCAUAAAUCUGUAUCGCAUUUAAUUAAUUCGUCGCCUGGAUUGCCUCAUAUCUAUAGACAAGUAACAUGCAAAGAAAGCGAGAGUUCUUGGUGUGCUUUGGAAUCUAGAAAGGUAUUAGUUAUUGCAUCACUGAAAGGCAUCCAGAUGUUUGAACCUGAUGGAUCUAUAAUGCUGUUUUGGCAUGCCUUAAACAGAUCAGAUGAAAAGACUGCUCAGUUUGCUCGUGGUAUUACAAGUAUUAAAUCUGAUAAUUUAGUGUGCGUCGGAACUUCGUCUGGAUCUAUCUUGAUCUUCAGUGUUGAUGAUAACGGAAAGGUUUUGAAUAUUCAGUUGAAAGAAACUCUUUCAGGUCAUGAUGUACCUAUAACUGAUUUAAUUUCCGGAGAAUCGGACACUCUAGCUAGUGCUGAUGAAUUGGGAAAUAUAGCCAUAUGGAAAACCAGUGAUAAAUCCAUUAGCAAAGUGACAUUGAUCAAAGGACAAAAUUAUCCAUGUUCAUCGAUACGUCUUUGGGAUAAAUAUAUUAUCGGUGGGUAUGGCUCCGGUCAUAUUCGAAUUUAUGAAGCUAAUACAGGGAAUUUGGAGAUAGAAAUUGCUGCUCAUGCACGAUGGGUUAAUGCUAUUGAUGUCGCUUUUGAGGCCAAUUUGUUAUUAUCGGCAUCGGAAGAUACCUAUGUUCGUGUUUGGUCAUUAGGCCUGGUGGAUAAUAAAUUAAAGGUCGAAAUGAAAUUUUCCGAAUCUGUAACUGACGUUCAACUGCAAGGAUGUAAAUUUACUUCACCUGAAGGUCUUACUUUUGCACUUACUGGUUAUGAUUUUAGUGAAAUAUAUCUUUUUUCCCGUUAG